AUGUCGAACCUUUACAGGCAGGUCAGGGAGACGGCGAUCGCCAAUGAGAGUCCUACCGAUUCUUCACCGCACGAGAUCGCUGCUCCAAAUGUGUUUCCCGAUCUACCUGAUUUCGGGGCAACGUACGAGGACAAGCACUCGGGCAUCCAAGGCGGGUGGAUCCAUGUAAGCAUUUCGGAGACCACCGAGGUCAAGAACCGAGGCGGCGUGGGCACUCUAUCCUUUGAUAAGAACGGAGAUCUUGUGGACUACAAGAUGGUGCUGGAAGGCACCACGGCGAAUUGCGCCGGUGGAAAGACCCCAUGGGACGGCUGGGUGUCGUGUGAAGAAUGUCGUCUAGCCAUACACUGGCAAGUCGAUCCCACUGGUACACGGGAAUCUAAGUUACAUCAAUUUGCUCGGCAACGAUGCGGUCACUUUGAAGCGUUUGCAUACGAUGUUCGCAACCGAGAAAUGCCGCACUUCUUUGUUACGGAAGAUCACUCUAAGGGUGCGCUGCGCCGUUUUACUCCCGACAGUGCCGAUUGGAAUGACCCGUGGAACAUAUUGUAUGGUCCUGGCCUCAUUGAGUUCCUCAUCGUGACGCCCGACUCCUCUGGUACAGCGGGACGCUUCGAAUGGACGCGUGACCACAAUGCAGGCAAGAAGAAUGCUGAGAAGCACUUUCCGAAUACGGAAGGGAUGGAUGUGUACGAAAAUGAGCUGUAUUUUGUAACGAAACGCUUCAAGUCCAUGUUUAUAUUGAAUUUAGACACGGGAACGUAUACAAAUCAGACGACACGCAGCGGCUUGUUUGAUGGUGGUCCGGAUCAAUUACAGCGGAUCUUGGGAGACGAAGGCGAAAUAUUGUACUUUACAGAAUCUGGCGGACGCGAUGCUGGUAUUCACGGUCGUAAUGCUAAGGGCCAGUAUUUUACCAUCCUGGAAAGCCCAGUGUACGAAGACGAGACGAGCGGGCUCGCAUUCUCUCCGGAUGCGACGCGCAUGUACGUGGCGUACCAGAAUAUUGGCAUUUUGUUCGAGAUUCGUCGCGAAGAUGGCCUACCAUUUGACGAGAAGUCACUGAACGUCAAGUUACGCUUGUUUUCAAAGGUCAACCACAUGCUGCUAGCUACCGGUAGUCCAAUGACGUUUUUUCGGGAACAACGUUCACAAUAUUUGAUUAGGAUUGCGGGUCACGAUCGUACGGGAUCCACUUGUCUGACUGGGAAAGGUACGGUGCGAAGCUACCAGUCUUGCGGCAACGGGCUGUCCCGGACCGUAUCAUCAGUUCGAUGCGUCCCGCCGAUUGGAUCGACGACUUUUACAAGCACCAGCACCAGGACGACGACGACAGCUUCCAAGCACUCCAACUGCGACGACAAUCCACACCGAGACCAUCCGUCCGAUACAACGGGACAUUGCAAAAGGUACCGCCUCCGGGGGACGACUCUACCAAACAAUAAGAGCGGCGUCCGUGUCACCACCAACACGGGACACGUUCUGCAAACGGACCUACCGCGCAUCAUGGGCGGACGCGACACGGCUCCACAACCAAUCGAAACCCUACUUGCGGCGCUCAUGGGAUGUACGCAAGCGACGGCUGUCUUUGUCGCUCGGAAAAUGACUCCACGGGUGGUCUUGGACCGACUCGAGUUGGCGCUGACGGCGGAACGGGAUGAGAGGGGCGCUCUGGCGCUGCCGAUUGAGACACCGCCGGCAAUACCGGCACGAUUGCAACGGGUCUCGGGAACCGUCACGUUGUAUGCCGCUCGGCAAGAAAGGCUCUCUACCAACGAGUUGAUGCUGUUGCGCGAACAGACCGAGUUGCGAUGUCCAGUGGCGAACCUGUUGACCGCUAGUGGCUGUGUCAUGGAGGUGGAGUGGAUCGAUGGCAACGCCAAACAAGCCUGA